AUGAGCCUCCAACACUCGAAAUCUCGAGUUUCCUACUAUUAUGAUGGAGAUUUUGGAAAUUUCUACUAUGGACAAGGACAUCCAAUGAAACCGCAUCGUGUUCGAAUGACACAUAGCCUUAUUGUUAAUUAUGGAUUAUAUCGGAAGCUUAAUGUCAUGCGUCCCGCCCGUGCUUCAUUCUCCGAAAUCACACGUUAUCACUCUGACGACUAUAUCAAUUUCCUUCGUAACGUUAAAUCCGAUAAUAUGUCCACAUUCACAGAUCAAAUGGCCCGAUUCUCAGUUGGAGAGGAUUGUCCUGUCUUUGAUGGAAUGUAUGAGUUCUGCCAGCUAUCAUGUGGUGGAUCACUGGCUGCUGCCGCCCGGCUUAAUCGUCAAGAAUCAGAAAUUGCAAUUAACUGGAUGGGUGGUCUACAUCAUGCGAAGAAAUCGGAAGCUUCUGGAUUCUGUUACUCGAAUGAUAUUGUUCUGGCGAUUUUGGAGCUUUUGAAGCAUCAUAAAAGAGUUCUUUAUAUUGAUAUUGAUGUUCAUCAUGGUGAUGGAGUUGAGGAAGCAUUUUAUACGACAGAUAGAGUUAUGACUGUUUCAUUUCAUAAACAUGGAGAAUAUUUCCCUGGAACUGGAGAUUUAAAGGACGUUGGCGCUGGAAGUGGCAAGUACUAUGCUCUGAAUGUUCCACUUCGUGAUGGAGUCGAUGACGUCACUUAUGAACGGAUUUUCAGAACAAUUAUGGGAGAAGUUAUGGCAAGAUUUCAACCAGAAGCAGUUGUGCUCCAAUGUGGUGCCGAUUCACUGGCAGGAGAUCGGCUAGGAGUAUUCAAUUUGACUACUUAUGGACACGGAAAAUGCGUGGAAUACAUGAAAAGCUUCAACGUGCCGCUUCUGUUAGUUGGCGGUGGUGGAUAUACGAUUCGAAAUGUCUCCAGAUGUUGGCUGUACGAGACGGCGAUCGCUUUGAAUCAAGAAGUUUCAGAUGAUCUGCCCCUCCACGACUACUUUGACUACUUCAUCCCGGACUACAAACUACACAUAAAGCCGCUCGCCGCUCUUUCGAACUUCAACACUCCUGAAUUCAUUGAUCAAACGAUUGUCGCGCUUUUGGAGAAUUUAAAGCAACUUCCACACGUUCCAUCGGUCCAAAUGCAAUCGAUUUCGACGAGUUGUGACUCAAUUGUGAAGACUUUUGACGAGAAACUGAUCCGAGAUCAUCAGAAUGAUGACGUCAGAGUUACUCAGUUCGAGGAAGACGUUCAGGUGGAAGAUUCGGCGGAAUUCUACGAUGGUCAAGAGCCGGAGACGAAGAAUAUUCAAUCGAUGAAACGGCACGCGAGUCCGAUUUGUGCGGCGCAAGAGGAGAUGAAGAAAAAUCGGAUUGAUGGCGGCGAAAAUGUGGCAUAAUUUGGUUUUAACUUGAUUUUCUGUAUGCACUAACUUUGUAUUUAUAUCGUCUCUUCAAACUAUUUCUUUAAUUUAUACGAAUCUCAACUUCUCUAAACCUCUAUUGAUCCUCAAAUCUAUUUAAAUCUUUCGUUAAAUCGACAAUUAAAAAAUUUCCGUCGUCAAGUGUGGUGCCGGUGGUGCAUACACCGCCGCGCACAAAUGCACAGAUUUCGGCGUUUUCGAAUUUUUAUCGGAUUUCUUUUCUCUAUAUUUUAAAGGAUAUUUUCUAUCGUUUCUUGUCUAAAAACACAGUUUUUAUCGAAUUUAUCACAAUAUAAACCUAUUUAUCA